AUGGUCGCAACCUCCCCGCCCGCGACCACCACAUCAUCCACCUCGAAUCCCCAGCGUCCUCCCGUCCGCAAUAAGUCCUCCUCCGCUCUCUCGACCCAAACAAUCCGCACCCUCUCUUCGACCUCGUCCGGCAAACCUCGCCGAAACCGGUCUUUCACAGCCCUCGCAGGCGGAGGAGGAGUUCACCACGGUCAUCCAGCAGGACACCAUGCCGUCUCUUUCGCUCAUCACCGGAAGAACUCGCAUGGAGCGCAUGCGAUGAAGCGAAGUGGGAGCGCGAGUGGGAGCGCGAGGAAGUCGAGUUUUGGGCUGGGCAUGACGAGUCUGGAGGGAGGAGCGGGAGAAGACGAACAUGGCGAGCGAGAUGGGAGGCCGCAGCGACCGAGUCUGGCGACGAGCCGGUCGAGCUCGAGCAGUACGGUUACAGCAGUCGGUGGAGGAAGUCGCGAGCGCCUCGAACACGAACAGUCGGAUCGCGGACGCUCUCGCUCGCGCAGUCGGACGCGUGUCGAAGCGGAGCAGAUCCAGCAAGACCAGGCGGACGAUCAGCGGCAGCGGUUGGAGAUCAACACGAAGGCCAAGGCGAAGGAGCGGUUGACGGGCAGCGUCACGUCCGGCAGCGACUGGGAGAGCGCGACCGACUCGCCGCUCGCGAUCGGCAAGAAGUUGCCCGAUGUCGCCAGGUCCGUCGCGCCAGAGGGUCAGUCGGCUCUCGCGCAGGGUUUCAGCCAGAAGGACGACGGCGAGGAGGGGCACGACGAGCGCGGCGUCGAGGAGUCGCCCAAGUCGGGCGAAGGGCGGGUCACCGCGCAGGACGAGGAGCGCGCGCCGGCGCCUCAGCGGGUCGAAGUCUCUGCCGCACCAUCAGACGAGCAGGGUCUCCCGCCUCGACCGACGGGCAAGAAGCCCAAGUUCCAGCUCGGUGCGUCGGAGGACCAGGAGGACAACGAGAGUUUGCGUGCGGAUGCUAGGGCGGAUGAGGUGUCGACUCCGCGGCAGGAGAAGAGUCAGGCCGAGGUGGAAGCGCAGGCGACGGAGGAAGCGGUGCAGGCUGUUACCCCGCCGGUCGAGGGUAUCCAGCCGGAGCACAUCGCGCAGGCUCAGCUCGCGCAGACGGACGAAGACGUCGUUCCCGACUCGGGCGGCGACGACUCGAUCCCGCCUUCUGCUAUGCCGCCCGCCGCAACUGCGAUCCUCCCCUCCCUCCCGGCCAUGAUCCAAGCCGCCGCACCGACCGAACCUCUCGACGCGCCUCUCCGCCCGGACGCAGACGAAGAACAACAAGCCGCGGCACUCGCCGCCCCCGCUCCUCCAAGCGCGCCGCAACAUCUCUCGCCGCCCGACUCGUCGCCCCUCGGUGGCCCAGCUGCGGAACCCUCGCUCGCCGCCGCCGCGCAGCCCGAACUUGCGUUCCCGAAUGGCCCGCCGUCCGGUCCGCCGUCGAGGCCUGAGUCGGCGGGUGGGAGGACGAGGGGCGGGGGGUCCGCUGAGCCGUUGAGGACGCCUGCGCCGCCUACGCCUACGUCGGAGGAGGAAGAGGCGCACCUCCCUUUCGAGGCUGAGAAGAAGGACCGGAAGGAGAAGGCGAAGGAUGCCGAACGGAAUACGGACGACGUCCCGCCCAUCCGACCACUCCCUCAGCGCGCCCCGCCCACUCGCAAGGCGUCAAACACCUCCAUCGUCUCAGCCGCCUCGACUCGCUCGGCUCUCCAUCGCGGUCCAGCACCGCAGUUUCGCCGCACCGCGAGCGGGAUCGCGCCUGUCAUCGUCGACCGCGGCGCGACUGCUCGAGCGGAACUGACGAGUCCCGGACCGGAGUCGCCCAAUGGCAAUGGCGAGUUGCGGCGCAGCGUGACGGGCGAACGGGGGACGUCGACGGGUCGACACCAGCGCACGGAGAGCAUGAGCAGUGUUCGCUCGUUGCGACAGGCGGCGGAGGCGACGACGUCUGGCUCGCACCGGACAGGUCCAGGCGAGACGCGCCGCCUGCGACCGACAGAGACGGCUGGCGGAGCGAUCGCUGCGUUGGGCAACAUCGCCGCCGCCGCAGGCCGGACUCCUCCUCCUCCUCACGACUCGUCCGCCGCGCGCGAAGGAGCCUUGACGCACGCCAAACGCUCCGCAAGUGGUUACUUCAAUGCCCUCCGGGGCUUCACGGGUGCGCCGACCGCUUCGUCGCCUUCGACUCCGCCUCCGUCUUCUUCAGCAGGCGCAGCGCAGCGCUACCCGAUCCCCGGCGCGCAGGGACAGGUCCCGACUGCCUCGUCGAGUCUGGGCCGAAGGUCCCGCUCGUCCGACUCGCCCAAACCCCCUCCGCUCGUCGUCAAAUUCGUCGACGCUCCGCCUCCCCCUGCGGCCCCCUUGAUGCACCUCACCAAGUCGCAACAAGGCACCGACACGCCCUCGACUCAACCUUCGACCUCUCCCUCCCAGUCUCAGGGAAUCCCGCCUCGACUGUCGGCAAAACACCGCAACGCUUCGACUACUUCGCUCGGACCUAUUUCGCGUACGCAGCAGAAGGCUUUGUUGGCGCGUGAUGCGCCGCAUGUUGGGAGCGGACGAGCGGGCGCUGGGACGCCUACGACCGAUGCGGGAGGAGGAGCGGCAGGCGCGACGCUCGUCCCUCCGCCGGUCCAGGGCGCGCAGGCUAUGACACCGGCCCAACAACAGUUUCUCGCUUUGCAGCACCAACGCGCUUUGAACGCCUCGAAUCCCGCGUCCAACACCGGCUCAGCAUCGACUUCCUCGUCGCCCGCUCCCGCCGCCUCGCACGGGAUGCAGAAAUGGGCGAUCGGGCUCGUUCGUGAAGCCGAGCGGAUAGAGAGGCAGUACAGGGCUGUGGAGAAGUGGCGUGAUCCGGUUGGGGAGAGUUUGGAGAGGGUGUUGGUGGUGAGGAUGAGGGCGAGACGGAGGAGGGAGGAUGAUAGGGAGAGGGUGAGGAGGGCGGUGGAGGGGUUGCAGCAGGGAGCGGGAGGGGGAGGGGGGGAGGGACAGCAGCCGAAACCGAGGAGGGCGGCUACAACUUCGACGUGA